GUCUCCUUCAGGUGCAUAGCUGUGCUAGUUGCCUCUAGCCUCUAACACUGUCCGUCUCGAGUGACACAUCUCGCAAGCUUGGACACAGAUCGUUCCGAGUGUUGCUCACAAGGACUUAGCCAGCUCACACAGACAAGAGUGACCAGUGCAUGACGACCGUGACUCUGCUGCAGACUCCCACAACCUCCUCAAGCCCUCUAGGAUCAUGUCGGGCAUCUACGAUGAGUCGGCCAGCCAGGAGGAUGGCACAGACAGCUUCUGGGAGGUGGGGAACUACAAGCGUGCUGUGAAGCGGAUUGAUGACGGCCACAGGCUCUGCAAUGACCUGAUGAACUGUAUACAAGAGCGUGCCAAAAUUGAGAAGGCCUACAGCCAGCAGCUGACCGACUGGUCCAAGAGAUGGAGACAGCUGGUGGAUAAAGGACCCCAGUAUGGCAGUGUGGAGAGGGCCUGGGUGGCAGUGAUGACAGAGGCUGAGAAGGUAAGUGAGCUGCACCAGGAUGUGAAGAACAGCCUGGUCAACAAUGACUUUGAGAAGGUGAAGAACUGGCAGAAGGACUCCUACCACAAACAGAUGAUGGGAGGUUUCAAGGAAACCAAAGAGGCAGAGGAAGGCUUCAAGAAGGCCCAGAAACCGUGGGCCAAGAAGCUCAAGGAGCUUGAGACUGCCAAGAAGACGUACCACCUAGCUUGUAAGGAGGAGAAGGUGGCGUCAAUCAGAGAGGCCAACAGCAAGGCAGACGCCUCAGUCGCGGCCGACCAGCAAAAGAAGCUCCUGGACAAGGUGGACAGGUGCAAGCAGGAUUCUCAGAAGGCUAAGGAGAAGUAUGAGAAGACUCUGGAUGAGCUGAGGAACUGUACGCCCCAGUACAUGGAGAACAUGGAGACAGUGUUUGACAUGUGUCAGCAGUUUGAGGAGAAGAGACUGCGGUUCCUCAGGGAGGUGCUGUUGGACAUCAAACGACACCUCAACCUCACCGAGAACCAAAGCUAUGCCACAGUGUACAGGGACCUGGAGCACACCAUCACCUCUGCCAGCGCACAGGAGGACCUGAAAUGGUUCAGCAACAACCACGGCCCUGGCAUGCAUAUGAACUGGCCCCAGUUUGAGGAGUACAACCCUGAGAUCACUCACAUGAUCAGCAAGCGAGAGAAGUCAAAGAAAGGGACAGACGGUAUCAUGCUGACCAACGUGACAGCGGCCCCGGACUAUGUGCCUGCACCGGCUGGAGACAGGGGCAGUGUGAGCAGCUCUGAUAAGAACCAGGCCUACUCCUCCCAGGACCAGUCGGCAGAGUGGUCAGACGAUGAGCAGGCCGCGCCAAACUCCGGCUCAGACACCAAUGGGGGUGGGGCCAACCCCUUUGAGGAGGAGUCAGCGAAGGGUGUGCGGGUGAGGGCGCUGUAUGACUAUGACGGGCAGGAACAGGACGAACUCACCUUUAAAGCAGGAGACGAGCUGACUAAACUAGAAGACGAGGAUGAGCAGGGUUGGUGUAAAGGCCGGUUGGACAGUGGCCAGCUGGGCUUGUAUCCUGCUAAUUACGUGGAGCCCGUCUAGCUGCUUGUGUACGUGGAGGACACUGCCCCAUUGGUUAGUCACCCAGACUGAACCAUCCGAUCAUACUGCACAUUACCAGAGACUUCAAAGCAAUGCUUCCCCAUCCCUCCUCUCUACCUGUGCAAUCAACACACAGACUGAGCCGUCUUUAUUUAAACACUCCCCUAGGACCCACAUCGGACAAAGGCAGUACCAACACGACCAACACAUAUCAACCACAACACUGAGCUUGGGACCAUGGUCGAACCACGUCAGUAUACGUGUGCCAACAACAAACACCACAACCGAGAAGCGCAGGAAAAUAAUUCCGCAUUUUUGUGUAGCUGUGUUCUAUUCCAAUGUUGUGCGGUGGUUAUGAUGACAUUCACAUGGCAGAAAGUACGUUCCCUCAUAACAUAUGACAUGGUUUAGUCCAUGGUGCUUGCAUAGCCAGAAUGAGCUAUGCACGGUGCAUUGUAAAUAUGUGCUGACGGGUCUGUCAUUCCAUGUAAGGUUCUAAAAGUCCCCCUGUGAAACAGCAGCAGCAGCAGCAUGUGCUGCUGUAUGACAUUAAUGACCUUUAGCUGCAGGAUCACUGACAAAUCACUGUUGAGCAGAGCAGAGCACAGCAGUACUACGCUGUUGAGCCUUGUUCAGUGUAAUGGCAUCGAACAGUGUUUCUCUACCCUCGUUGUACCAGAGACUGGCAAGCUAUGGUUCUCCUCUUUGGAUGACUGUUUAGUUGAAAAGCUACUCUCAAGAUCAGACGAUGUUGGUGUCAGACAGAUGAGGGACCACUCAGUAACGUCUCAGGGGCCCGGUGCCAGACCAGGGACCGAGGGUUGAAGAAACACCGGUAUAGGACAUAUUCUUUCCCUAAAUCAGCAUUGAGAUAAUGUACUUGUAAUACAUCCGAUCAUACCAUGUUGAUCAUGUGCUUGUAAUUUCCUGACCCCACUGCUUUCUGGACUCAUCACUUUAUAUCGUUUUUCUUUUGUCUUAAAGUGCACGCUGUGUUCAUUGAGAAAUAUGAAAAAUAUGCUUUAUUGUUUUGAUUUCUUUUGUCCUUUUUUUCUUUAGCACGUAUUGGGUUUAGGUAGUGCAUUCCUCAGGCUAUGUGGGCCUCCACAAGGGUUCAGCGCAAUGAUAGCAUUGACCCAACUCCACUAACGGGUUAAACGGUUUGUCAUCAGAAAUGAACUGUCCCCGACCAAAUUAAAGUUAGACAAAGACAUUUAGGAAUAUAAGAGAAUCCUGGGAAUUCACUGUAUAGAUGACACAUUUAUCGUUGCAAACUAACGAAAGUCCCACUGCCCUAUGCGAGAUACUAGAUUCUAUCCAUAGAUAUAAAACACAUGCAUCUUUUUAUGAAUGAAAAGGAGUCACCUUAACUGUAUCCCUGCUCAGUCUCUGUCUCUCUCCACCUUGCUCUUCCUGAUCUAACGGUCAUUACUAGAUCACAAUACGCUGUUAAAUACUACUGAAAGUGAGCCUACUGUACAUGUUGACCAAAUCAUUCAUUCUUUUUAGUUUAUGUUUUUAUCCUGUCAGUUGAAUCCUUAAUCCUUAACAUCAUUUUAGAAACUGAUGCCAAUGAUUUGUGUCUCUUGGCAAAAUUGAGACUUAUUCAAAUAAUGGGGAUAACGUGAAUCUAUACAGCACACAAUCCUUAAUCCUUGUCUACUGAACUCGUGAAUCAAAGAGAAUCUGCAGCGGAGAUAAUACCUAUAAAAUGUGUGACUGUUAUUAUAUACAUACAGUAUGUGUGUAUAUAUAUGUAUAUAUACAGGGUUAACACUGUUUCAUAUAUACACACACAUAUAUAUAUAUAUAUAUAUAUAUAUAUAUAUAUAUAUAUAUAUAUGUAUGUGUAUAUAUGUGUGUGUGUAUAUGAAACAGUGUUAAACCUUUAAACACCAGGGAUGUACUCUUAUUGACAAUGACAUGGGGAGAGAACGCUACAGUACAAAGUACACUGUAAAGAAAGGCAGAAAGUGUAAAAUAUUGAUGAGGAAACUGUCUUUUCUGCUGCUAGAAGUUCAUUUUGGAGAGCUGGGAUAUAGCUAACGGGGGGGACAUUUUGGGACUGCACUUCCGAUAGUGGGAUAAAACAUUUUAACCAUCAGCUCUCCAAAUGAAACCCAAGCCUAGCUAAAUCAGUAAAUGCUUCACCUGAGCCACACCACCCAUGCCCACAACACACACACACACACACACACACACACACACACACACACACACACACACUAACAGAGAGAGAAGAGAGCCUGUGUACACAGACACUGGCUCAGUGCAUCUGGAAAGACCCAGUUAAAUUACCACCAUGAAAAGACACAACUAGUGCACAUGCUCUUUUAAACUAUUGUAGACUGCUUUAGCCAGUUCAACGCCCCAAUAAAGUGCAGAUAGUACACUAUUGUCCGUGUACCCAGCAAACACAAUGCAUUGUAUCUAAAUCAGAAUGAGAUUGUUUACAAUACUGUUGUACACAUGUCAUCUAAUUUGAAUAUGAUUAUGUAAAAGUACAGUCAUUUACAUCGUGACCAUGGUGUUCACACAUAAAUUCACGUGAAGCCGCGACAGGAUGGUGAAUAUGUAAAGAUGUUUUAACCUUUUAUUUGACGUUGUCUUGCAUACAGUAUGUAGGGGAACCAGUGGUUGUGGGAAAGCCCUUGUGGUCUACAAGUCUGUCUGUUGAGAAUAAUAGUUCUGUAGUCUUCAAACUGUAGUGCCUGUUCAUCUGCAUACAACAAAAUAAAAGGCUUUAUCAGAG